AGCAUUGCAAAGCGGAAGUGGUCCGCGAGCGAAUUUUGCCAGGAGAACUAGCGAAAGAGAAAUGGCGCUUCAAUGCCGUGCUCACUGAGGCAGUCUACAGACGGAUAGACAGACUAAACAAGUGCAAAUAAACUGAAAAAUCAUGGUGAACACAAGAAAGAGCUCUCGGCAUGAGCCGAGCACUCUCUUCAUCUCGUCCAGGACCCGAUCUUCCGCCAGGAAUGAAGAACAUAAUGAUCCCAGCAGUGAUGUGAGCAGUCCUAGCAGUCCUCGAAUGUCCCCUCCCUCGAAGCGGACCCGUAGACAGACCCCACCAAGCUCUAGUGACAUCACUCCCUCGUCUCAGGCUAAGGGCCAGAGGGUCUCCUGGGUCAUGUCCACCCACCGCACCAGGUUGUCAUCUGGUGCCCUGCAAAAUGGACAUGCCCAUAAGGUGGACGGGGCAGGAGACCACUCUCACAUGAACGGCCAUAUUGAUCUGAAGAGGAGCUGCCGAGUGAGGAAGAGCCAGUUUGAACACCUCAACCAGAGCCUGCUUUUUGACCAGCUCGUCAACAGCACGGCGGAGGCAGUUCUUCAGGAGAUGGACAACAUCAGCAGCAUCAGACAGAACAGGGAGGUGGAGAGACUCCGCAUGUGGACCGACACUGAGGUGGAAAACAUGGACAUGUAUUCUCGUGUGAAGAGGAGGAAGUCACUGCGCAGGAACACCUUUGGCAUGCAGGCGCAUCACAAAGCCAUGAGCAAGACAGAGGAGGAAGAGGAGGAGGAGGAAGAGGGGACUGAAGAGUCUCACGGGGAAGAAGAGGAUGACGAAGCGGAGGAUGAGGAUGAUGGAGAUGAGGCAGAGGAGGUAGGAGAGGAGAAUGACAGACCGUACAACCUGAGGCAGCGCAAGACUGUACAGAGAUACGAGGCGCCACCUAUCGAGCCUGUCAACAGAAAACAAACCACUCCCUCCCUGUUUGACACCCACAGAUCUCCAGCUAGGAGAAGCCAUAUACGAGUGAAGAAGCAUGCCAUCCACAGUAGCGACACCACGUCGUCGUCUGACGAGGAGAGAUUUGAGAGGAGGAAAAGCAAGAGCAUGACCCGGGCCAGGAACAGGUGUCUGCCUAUGAACUUGCGAGCAGAGGACCUGGCCAGUGGGGUGCUGAGGGACAGGGCCAAGGUGGGAGCUAGCCUCGCUGAUGUGGACCCCAUGAAUCUGGACACCUCAGUGAAGUUUGACAGCGUGGGAGGGCUGUCCAAACACAUCCAGUCCCUGAAAGAGAUGGUGGUCUUCCCUCUCCUCUACCCAGAGGUUUUCGAGAGGUUCAAGAUUCAGCCACCAAGAGGGUGUCUGUUCUACGGCCCACCAGGUACAGGAAAGACCCUAGUAGCGCGGGCUUUGGCCAACGAGUGUAGUCAAGGUGACAAGAAAGUGUCUUUCUUCAUGAGGAAGGGAGCUGACUGCCUCAGCAAGUGGGUCGGUGAAUCAGAACGACAGCUACGCCUGCUCUUCGACCAGGCGUACCUGAUGAGGCCUUCCAUAAUCUUCUUUGAUGAGAUAGACGGGCUGGCCCCAGUGCGCUCCAGCAGACAGGACCAGAUACAUAGCUCCAUAGUGUCCACUCUGCUGGCGUUGAUGGAUGGUCUGGACAGCCGAGGGGAAAUCGUGGUCAUCGGUGCUACCAAUAGACUGGACUCCAUAGACCCUGCUCUACGGAGGCCUGGACGCUUUGACAGGGAGUUCCUCUUCAACCUGCCUGACAAGAAGGCCCGAAGGCAAAUCCUUGAGAUCCACACUCGGGACUGGAACCCCAGACUGGCUGAGCAGUUUGUGGACGAGCUGGCGGAGAAAUGUGUCGGUUACUGCGGUGCCGACAUCAAAGCACUUUGCACAGAGACGGCCCUGGCGGCGCUGCGGCGGCGCUACCCCCAGAUCUACGGCAGCAGUGUUAAGCUGCAGCUGGAUGUCAGUACCAUCGUGCUGGGGCCUGGGGACUUCAGCCGCGCCUUGCGGACCAUCGUCCCAGCCUCCCAGAGAGCCCAGGCCCCUCCAGGCCGAGCCCUGUCCCCAAACAUACGCCCCCUACUGGCCAACACACUGGACACAGUGCUGGAGGUCCUGCUCCGAGUCUUCCCCCAUGCAGAAUCACAGCACAGGGAGAGUAGAGGAGACAUUGACAAUCUGCUAGAGGAGGAGUUCAGUGAAGAGGAGACGGAUGGAGCAGCUCCCUCCAUCUACCACCUCCAGCCUGGAUCCCCUAAGAUGCACACACACCCCUCUACGGCACACACACCCUUCCUACACUUCACCACAUCAGCUCUCCACCAGCCCACGUCGUACCGGCCUCGCCUGCUGCUGGCGGGUCCCCCCGGCUCGGGACAGGGUUCUCACCUGGCCCCUGCUGUGUUACACCACCUGGACAAGCUGUCUGUCCACCGUCUAGACCUGCCCACACUCUACUCUGUCAGCGCCAAGACACCUGAGGAGUCCUGCGCUCAGGUGUUCUGUGAGGCGCGUCGGAGCGUGCCCAGUGUGGUGUUCAUGCCUCACAUCUGUGAUUGGUGGGAUUCGGUUAGCGACACUGUAAAGAACACCUUUCUCUCUCUGCUCCAGGACGUCCCCUCUUUCACCCCCCUCCUCAUCCUCGCCACCACAGACACCUGCUACACACAGCUACCGCAGGAGGUGAAGUUGAUGUUCCAGAGGACGUACGGAGAGGUGGUCAGUCUGUCUCCACCUGGAGAGGAGGACAGACGAAGGUUCUUCACUGACCUGCUACUGGUACAGGCUGCUAGAGCAUCGCUACCCAGGAGACAUACAGCUCUGCAGUGUGAGGAGGUGCUACCGGUAGCAGAGACCCUGGACGCCAGGGUUCUCUCCCCCGAGGAGCAGCGUCGUCUGGCUGACCAGGAGGAGAACACUCUGAGAGAGCUGCGUCUGUUCCUCAGGGACGUCACCAGGCGCCUUGCCGUAGACAAACGCUUCAACAUCUUCAGCAAACCUGUCGACAUUGAGGAGGUGUCAGACUACCUGGAGGUGAUCCGUCAGCCCAUGGAUCUGUCUACUGUCAUGACAAAGAUAGACACCCAUAAAUACCUGACGGCUAAUGACUUCCUGGUGGACAUAGACCUGAUCUGCAGCAAUGCCCUGGAGUACAACCCUGACAAGGACCCCUCAGAUAAGAUCAUCCGCCACAGAGCAUGUAGUCUAAAAGACACGGCCCACGCCAUGCUGGCCUCAGAGCUCGACCCUGAGUUCCACCGCAUUUGUGAGGACAUCAAGGAGUCGCACAGAAAGAGGGACCUCCAGACUCCGGCCUUGCCGCCUGUCCCCCUGGCUGCCGUGGUAACCACCAGGAAGCCGGCUGUAGAGGAGAAUGCUGGAAACAGCACUCAGGGACAGACCGUCAACAAGCAGCACUGCAGCAGCAAUCACAUGAAGAGGAAAAUGCGUCGGCGGCCAUCUUGGGGGCGGGGCAUCAUCAAGAAGAAGAAGAUCUACAAGAAGGGAAUGGAGGAAGAGGAGGAUGAAGGUGCGGAGCCUGAGCCAGAGAGCCUGAGCCAGGAUGAAGACUCUUCCUGCGACACCAUUGACCCUCAGCCCAACGGACACCACACACAAAGCAUCUCCAUGGAGGAAGAGCACUCCAACGCGGCACCUAGGGGCCGGAGCACAGAGACUGAGACACAGGGGGAGAGCAGCACAGGGACAGGGCCCAAGAAAGAAGAGACACCGGCUAUAGACGACAAAGCCAAAGACCUCCAGUCUAAAAGCGAGUCUUCCCCAUCUGAAAGGGAAGAGUCUCAUUGUAAAGGCGAGGAGCCUCAAGCCCAGUACAAGUUGAUCCAGUCUGAAGAUGAGGGGUCUAAACAUAAAGAUCUCCAGUCUAAAGAUAAGGGUACCCGGGCCGAUGGCGAGAAGCCCCAAGACCAGCCUGAUGAUCCCCAGGCGAAACACAAGGAGGCCCAGUCCAAGGCUGAGCAGCACUUGUCAGCCCCUAAGACGGCCACAGCGCCCCCUGUCCCUCGGGAGGAGUGUGUGAAUGGGGAUGAGUCCUUGGACAGCUUGGACUCGCAGGCCCUCAAGAGCUCUGAGACAGAGGAAGGUCCUACAGAGGGCACAGGUGAGGGGGCGGAGGGGAAAGAUUAUAUGUCUGCAAAGAGCAGAGGUAUUCAGGAGCGCCCUCCUCAGGACGGGAGGAAAGGAGACAUAGAGACGGGCGAGGAGGAGCAUGAGCAGGAUAGAGAAGGCGUGUCCAAGGGAAGGAAGAGUCAAUCAGAGCAGUCGAAGGGUUCGGCUGACAUGACAGAGGAAGAGUCUCCACAGAUCCCUCCCACUCCACCACCUCCACUAAUGGUCGAUCACCAGCGACUCACAGCCCUCUUGGACACAGUGGUACAGAGGAGUGAAGGCUACAGCGUGGAGCGUUUAGAGAGACUCUUCUCUCUCCUCAGUCAGUGCAUCUACCAACACCGCCUGGACUACGACAAGACACUGCUACUGGAGGAGAUGGAGAGGAAAGUCCAGAAUUUCAUUACAUUCCUGUGAGACUCGGCGAGACAGUCAGGUUGACCCUGAUUUAGACUCUGAACACACACACACGCGAGAGGGACAGAGACCAGCCUUUGGGCCAAGUCCUUACACACAGAGCAAAUACAUAGCCCUGGUCUUAACGUAAACAACAGAACAAGGAAAAAUAAAGACCAAGGAGAAAAAGAGGAGAUUUCUAUGGUGCUAUAGUCUCAGGUACCCUGGUCGGACCCAGACCCAGUCUACAACCAAACGGACUCAUGGACACGCGCACACAGGAAUGAUGAAAGGGGUGUCGCUGGUGCUAUUCAGGUGCUAUCCUAAUCCAUGGGGCUCUGAGGAGUAACUGACCAACAAAACAGAUUGGGUGAUGUCAUAUCUCAAUACGGCCUACUUUUGAACUGAGCACACACACAGACUACAUGUGUGCUUAGUUAUACACACAGUAAUCCCAGGCACAGAUUGUCACCAGCAGUGUGUGUGCAGUUAGCUAGGAGGUUAAGGCAGUCUCCUGUUUCAUUACCAUUGCCGAGCCCAUCUCUCAGUACUGUACUGAAUCAGCAUCAUAGGCCAGUCAUCUCAUAGAUACAACAGCUUACAGAUCAUACUGAGUCAUUCAAACAGCCUGGUUUGAUUAGCAUCUGGCUCUAAUCAAUCCAUAGAUUUUUGAUUGAUAUGGCUCUAAUAACCACCCUUCUCGCCCAAUGUCCAUUAAAUGCUUUGAGCGUGACGAUACAGUUAGUUCAUGUUGCACUGGUGGCCCAGAAUCAGAGCCAUCCAUUACAUAUGGAUACAGAAAGAUAUGGCUGCGGUUAGAAUCAAUUGAUAAUAAAACGUGUUACUGGAAUGAAUCAACAGAAACUAAGGAAGCGUUUGUUUUUUAGCUUUUCAGUCGUAUCAAACAGAUUGACGUGCUGCUUGUGGUAGCUGAAUCACAUCUCUGUCUGGAACUGUCCGUUUUCUUCAACACAAGCUGUGCCCUGCUAGUUUAUAUUCCCCAUCCACUCCAAACUAACUGGAAGCGAUUUUAAUUGGACACUUGUAGUUUGCACUGACUAGCAUGUGCCUUAUUUAACCCCCAAUGAACUUUAAUAUUUCUGAAAGAAGGGUUUUUAUCAACUGCUCUGUUAAAUGUAGUGCAGUACAGUGGGUUCGAUGUAGGCAUUUCCCCCUUACUAACCACAGAUCUAGGAUCAGUUCACGCAACUAUAACCUUUUGUGGGGGAUAAUAUCUGACCUAGGACCAGAAGUCACUUCUACAGUACUAAACUCAGGAUAGUCACAGUAGGAAAGCAGAGCUGUCUUUUCCUGCCCAGAUGGAAAGAGGACAGUAGGGUUUUUAUUACUUUCAUGUGGAUGGAGGUAAAAAAAAAGUGGUGCCAAUUUUCCCCAAAAUAAAUACAUUUCCUCGACGUUUUCCAAUUUUAUACGAUACGUUGGUAACAAUGUUUGGGUUGUUAUUGCAUUGAUUGUGAAGCUUCUGAUGAUGAACAAGGCCAUUCUGUUGAGGUUAGAACAGCAUUAUAUUGUUUCAUUCAUUUUGUUUUUGGAUUGUCUACGCCUGAAGGUAGUGGGAAGGUUGUAAUCCGCUAUGGUCUAUCCAUGUUCAUCUUGUGGUAAAGAUAUAUGCAUUUGCUUUUCUUCUUGGAUUUCCUUGGCCAUGGAUAAGUCCAUGUUUUGACCAGAGUCAGCCGUUGGGUCACACAGACAACCCUUUCUCAUUCAAAUCAUUCUUAACACCAGGGUUCUAACUCAACUCAGGUCCUGGCGAACUACUAGGUGUACAGGCUUUUGUUCCAAAUAAACCUGGUCUUCAAUCUGGAUCACAAUUGGGCUGUAACAAAAUCCUAGUAGCUCUAAGAUUGGAGAGUUGUAAAAGCCCUGCUUUAUGCUGGUCCAACCCCUGAUGCUCCCCCCCCCCCCCCCCCCCCCCCCCCCCCCCCCCCCAACUCCCCCUCUGCCUUCUCUUGGAUCGCUGGGUGAAGAUUUAAAAGUUAAUCAUUUAAGAAUAUGCAAACUAGCAUUUUGAGGCCUAAGCAUUGGACUACUGCAGAGAGAAACAAAGCUACCUCAGCUUAAUUUAUUAUAAUGCUAUGACAAACCGUUUACUGGGUGCACAGUAUUAGGCCAUGUUCCAAACUAUCGUCGCAACUCUCAUACUGCUAAGGUACUGGAUCAUCAGCACAAGUUCUGUGACUGCUGCGGUAACACCAGUUUGUUUGGUUGUCUUUAUUGCAUUUGAGCCGAGACGAAACAUACAGCAUUUAAGUUGAAGCAAAUGUCAAACUGUAUAUUUCGGUUCUGCAGACAGUCGUCCUAAGAUUGCUUUCCUUUCAGAUCGUACUACACAAUUUUACAGGCUAUUGCGAUUCUUCUGUCCAUCUAACCACGAUCUCGACGUGUUUGCAGACUCAUCUUUCUUGUGGUGUUCCAUUUUCUUUUUUAUUUAUUAACAUAAUUAUUCAACAGGUUUGUCUUAAUAUCCAUUAACUGUCUUUGUAUAUUUGAAAAUUGGGAAGAGUUGUUACUCAAAGUGAUUUGAUCUUAGUGCCGAGGUAGGUUUUGGAGCAUAAAGGUUACAGGUGUCUCAGGUUUCUUCAGGCUACACUUAUUCCAUUGUGAUUCGUUUUUUCUUGUUUAGUGGUUAUGGACUGCGGCAUACUGGACGAGGCUAACGUUGACUCAUCGGAAUUUUUACUUAAAAUAUAAUAGUGUGUUGCGGACUCAAUUUGGCCACCAAGUAAAAUAGUUUUUCAGCAUUGGGGAAUAAAAUGUUAUGUUCUUGUUUAUACAUUUGUCUGGUAUUAAACGAUUUAGUCCAGUAUGCGCGCAAUUCUCCAUCACAACUUAAUUUUAUCUGGGAUUCAUUUAGUAUGUUUAAUUUCUUCUUUGAGGUUUUAGUGUAUUGAACAUCCUUUUCCCCAUUUAAGUGUUACUUUAGUGUGUUGUAUUUCUGAAAUAAACUGCUGUGAUAAACUUGAAUAAAG